ACACAUUUCGUUAUAGCAUGGUUCCUACAGAUGUUUAUUGCUUGUUUCGCUUUUUGUUUUCCGUUCGUUUGCUGCUGUUGCUUCUGCUGCUGCGUUCAACACUUACUAUUGAGAGAUUCAACCACGCAUUCGAACAUUCAAAACUCGAAAGUCAUGUAAGCUGCGGGUGUACCUACUUAGCUCUGCUGCAGGAACUAAGUAAGAGUUUCAUUCAGUCAUCCGACCAGUCAGUCAGUAAGGCGAUCUCAUUUGGCUCUCCAGCCAGAAAUAGUUCAGAUUUAAAACCUUUGCCCAAUUGUGUGUCAUAAAUGAUCAAAUCAAUCGCAGUUCGCAAACUAGUGGGUGUUCUGCGCUGAACAAGGUGGGCUUCACUCUGACCAGUCCACACAGUGGACAAAGAAACAACGAACGCAAAUUGGCUUAUGAUCAGGAAGUGUUCAGUCCUACAACAUUCGCAAAAGUGCAAUCUUCAAGGUUUCUUCUACAGUGGACGACAGUGUGCAAAUACUACAAUCCUCGAGUAUACGCAUAUAUCACCACGAAGGAAAGUGGCAAUUGUAUCAUCUAAUUAGAAUCGGUUCUACUCGGCUCAUACAGUGACCAGUGGCGAUACGUUUAUAGGUACAAGUUCGACAGGGAGCGAAGAUGUCUCUUCGGGCUAUACAGAAACGGGACAGGAACAAAUUAUCAUCUACCCAGCAGAAGCAGAAUCACUUUAUCAACAAAAGUCGAAGCUUCGGCGGAGGGCCAACAGGCAUCGUCGUCAGUGGCAGUGGCAGCAGUAACAUCAAUAGUGUUGGUGCUAGCGCUACUGGUGGCCAUCACCAUAAUAGUCAUCGCCAUCAUCAUCACCAGCCUAGUAGUAAAAAUGAAAAGUGGAGAAAUUCAAGCACCGUCAGCAUAUCGUCGUCUUCUGCAGUACUAACUCCCAAGAAACGCUCUGUUUCCUAUCCGAGUUUACAGAAACGCCAAACCCACCCAUCGUCAUCGCUACGGUUCACCAAGUCCGAAAGUGAUCUCCACAACGGUGUCCAAUCCCCCGGAGGGAUUGCGACGAGUGACGCAGUGGAUACGAACAACUUGUACCUAGGUGCCAAAUCCGAGGUUUGCCUGCGGACUUUGGCGGUCAAAAGCACCCAUCAGCCUCCGGCACCGUUUCGGCAGGGCAGCGUGAUGGCCAGUAGUGGCAGUGGACAGCGCCAUAGAAUGUACGAAAGUAGCCGGAGGCCAUCGGAAUUCAACGGUGGCGACUUGGGCAGGGCCGAAAAGUACGCAGAAAUCAGCAGUAAUAACAAUGUCGCCGUUCGAAUACCGAUCAUCGGCUAUGAGGUCAUGGAAGAGAGAGCAAGAUUCACGAUAUUCAAGCUGCGCAUCGAAAACAGCAUCUCCCACACUUGUUGGUUGGUAUUACGGCGCUAUACCGACUUUGUGCGACUCAAUAACAAACUACGAACAUUCUUCCCGCACUGUACGCUGAUACUACCGCGGAAGAAAUGGUUCGGCGACAACUUCAGCAGCGGUUUCAUCGACAAUCGGAUACAGGGCUUGCAGACCUUCAUCAACACUAUCCUGGGCGAUGAGGCCAUGCGAACCUGCCCGGUAGUGCGGGAGUUCUUCUGUCUCGAUGAACCACCAUCCUACUCGGAAAGCAUGGAAGAAUCUAGAAUAAUUUUUGAAGCCCAAGAAGAAACCAUAUCUCAUCUGAAGCAACAGCUCCAGACCAAAGAUGAACUGAUUUCAGCCCUCCAGGCAAAACUUGCCCACGAAAUGAGUAGAAAUAAGGUGCUAAGUAACGUUUUACGAAAUAGCUUUGAGGACUGCCCCAAAUGUGCUAAGCAGAUAGGUAAUCAUCUGAAAGAGUCCGCCAUUAAGUAGGAUUGUUCUAGUAUAGCUACUGCUUUUCUAUGGCAAGCAUUGUAGAAACCAUGUUUAUGAACUCGACUGUAUUUAUACAUAUUUUCUUUGUUUUAUACUUGAUUAAAAUUUAAGAGCAUGUUUAUAUUGUAAAAGCACACAAAUCAAAACACCAGGAAUGCCUUAAAUUGAUGAAAUAUCAGCAGAAAUGACGGUACAUUCUAUCAAAAAGCAGCCAGUUCAACAGACUGAAUGUUGAAUGGAAUGCUAAAAUUAAUUACGAUAUUAAAAGCUACUAUUUACCAUUAUUUAGUUUCAAAGAAAUAUAGUCUCUGCUUCUGUUUAACAAA